AUGCCUGCUCCUGUUCAGAAGCCGCGCACUCUGUACGAUAAAAUUUGGGACGAUCACGUUGUAGAUGUCCAGGAUGACGAUCUCGCCCUCAUCUAUAUUGAUAGGCAUAUGGUCCACGAGGUGACAAGUCCGCAGGCGUUCGAGGGAUUACGAGUAUCUGGUCGUUCUGUUCGCCGCCCGGAUUGUACUUUGGUCACUGUAGACCACAAUGUGCCCACAUUCUCCCGAAAGGAAUUCACAGACAUCGGGUCGUUCGUCACUGAGCCAAAUUCUCGUGCUCAAUGCCAGGCUCUGGAGGAGAACGUGAAGCAAUUUGGAUUGCCGUACUUUGGCAUGAAGGACCGCCGUCAAGGUAUCGUUCAUGUCAUUGGUCCAGAACAGGGCUUUACGCUUCCUGGCAUCACUUGCGUCUGCGGCGAUUCUCACACUUCUACUCAUGGCGCGUUCGGAUCUCUUGCUUUUGGUAUCGGAACGUCCGAGCUCGAGCACGUGCUAGCUACACAGACUUUGCUCCAGAAGAAGAGCAAGAAUAUGCGCAUUAAUGUUGAAGGCACCCUGAACGAAGGUGUCACGUCCAAGGACGUGAUCCUACACAUCAUCGGUGUCAUCGGUACAGCCGGUGGCACUGGUUGUAUCGUUGAGUACGCCGGCUCUGUCAUCCGCGGGUUCAGCAUGGAGGCGCGCAUGAGCAUGUGCAACAUGAGCAUCGAGGGCGGUGCUCGCGCAGGCAUGGUCGCGCCAGACGAGAUCACCUUCAACUAUCUCCGCAACCGCCCGCUUGCGCCCAAGGGCGAGCUCUGGGACCGCGCCGAGGCCUACUGGCGGACGCUGAAGUCCGACGAAGGCGCGAAGUUUGAUGUAGAAGUGAACCUCCGCGGCGAGGACAUCUUUCCCACUGUCACAUGGGGAACUUCGCCGCAGGACGUCGUCGCUAUCACCGGGAAUGUCCCCAAUCCGGCUGCAGUCGCGGACGCGGCCAAGCGCGCGAACAUGGAACGUGCCUUGAGCUACAUGGGUCUCGUUCCCGGGACCCCCAUGCAGGACAUCAAGGUUGACAAGGUGUUCAUCGGGUCGUGCACGAACAGUCGUAUCGAGGAUCUGCGCUCUGCGGCCCGCAUUGUUUUGGCUGCUGGACCGGACGCGAAGGUCGCUCCGGGCGUGGACGCCUUGAUCGUUCCCGGCUCGGGCCUGAUCAAGCGGCACGCCGAGGCGGAGGGCCUUGACUUGAUCUUCAAGCGCGCAGGCUUCGACUGGCGCGAAGCUGGUUGCUCGAUGUGUAUCGGUAUAAAUCCGGACAAGCUGGCGCCGGGCGAGCGGUGUGCAAGCACGAGCAACCGAAACUUCGAGGGCCGUCAGGGUGCAGGCGGACGCACGCACUUGGUCAGCCCCGCCAUGGCCGCCGCGGCUGCUAUGACAGGCAAGUUGACGGACGUGCGGAAAUUCCUGGGGGGCGACGUCACGACGAAAAACCCUCUCAAACCGACCAGCGAGUACGAUUUCUUCACUGACCCCGUCGAGCCGGCGCCAGAACCGGAACCGCUCACAAAGACAGAGUCUGCUUCCAGCAAGCCUCUACCUCCGACGGAAACCCCUUCCAGCGUUGCCAAGUUCGUCGUCCUCAAGGGCAUUGCUGCACCACUGCACCUGGAGAACGUCGAUACGGAUAUGAUCAUCCCUGGCCGGUUCUUGAAGACGUUGAAGCGUACCGGUCUCGCGGACAACCUAUUCUACGCCCUCCGCAGGGACCGUGAGACCACCGAGUUUAACGACGAGAUGGUCCUCAACAGGGAGCCGUGGAAGCAUGCCAAGAUUCUCGUCUGCACGGGGAGGAACUUCGGCUGUGGAAGCUCUCGCGAGCAUGCGCCAUGGAGUUUGAAAGAUUUUGGGAUCCUGUCUAUCAUAGCUCCCAGCUACGGAGACAUCUUCAAGAGCAACACGAUGCAAAACGGCAUGUUACCGGUGACACUCUCAGAGGCAGAGUGUCGUGACCUAGCGGAAGACGCAGAGGCGGGGUUGGAGAUCGAAGUCGACCUCGAAAAGCGGGAGAUCCGUCGGCCAAACGGCAAGCCCCCGAUUCCCUUCACCGUGGACGAGUUCCGCAGGCACUGCCUGCUGAACGGGCUGGACGACAUUGCUCUGACUCUGCAGAAGGUUGGAGCGAUCGGGCAGUUCGAGCAGCGAAGAAGUGAGACAUGGCCGUGGUUGGACGGGUUUGGCUACAAGGGACAAAAGAUUCCCGUCGCCCCGGUGAAGAAGACAACGAAGAUGGAGUGGUGA